AUGGCGGAGCUUGUACCUUCUGAGGUGCCUGGCUCAUCGAAAGAGUCGUCAUCGUUCUUCUCUAGCCUGUAUGAGAACCUGAAUCAAAAUCCGUACUUCAAUGCGGGAGCGGGUUUGGCUGGUAUUGGGAUAGCGAUGAGUUUUUUGAGAAGGACAGCGCAAAUCAGCAAUACCUAUUUCCGCAGACGUUUCAUGAUCACACUUCAGGUCAAUAAUGAAGACGCGGCCUAUCCCUGGCUUCUGGAUUUCAUCAACAAGCGAAGUGCCACACAGACCCGGAAUCUUUCAGCGAAUACCACAGUUCAUCAAGCAGAAAGUGGAAAAACCGAACUUUCAAUAUCAUUUUUACCAGGUCACGGAACCCAUUUCUUCGUUCACAACUAUCGAUGGAUCAAAGUGGAAAGGCAACGAGAGAAACAAGUGAUUCAACGAGACGGAAUUCGUACUCCAUUCGAAACCGUCACUCUAACCACACUGGGUUCAGAUGUGAAAUUCUUCAAAAGCAUGCUAGAACACUCCGCAAAAGAAGCAAUCGAUAACGCUGAAACCGGUCUAGUCAUCUAUCAAGCUGUAGGUCCUCAAUGGGUCCGAUUCGGUGUGCCACGAAAGAAGCGAGACAUUGAGUCGGUUGUUCUGGAUGGAAGAGUCUGUGAUCAGCUAGUUCAGGACUUUCAAGAAUUUAUUGGCUCAGCCGCAUGGUAUGCGGAUCGCGGAGUACCUUAUCGACGUGGAUAUCUGUUCUACGGACCGCCAGGAACAGGAAAAUCCAGUUUUAUUUCAGCGCUAGCGAGCCAUUUUGGUUAUAGUGUGUGUCUUUUGUCACUGAGUGAGAGGACACUAGAUGAUGAUAGACUAAACCAUCUUCUGAAUACCGCUCCACCGAACAGCGUCGUCAUCCUUGAAGACAUCGACGCUGCGUUCGUGAGCCGUGAGGAUCCAAUGUCCAAUCAUCCAGCCUAUCAGGGACUGUCACGUGUCACCUUUUCGGGUCUUCUGAAUGCGUUGGACGGUGUUGCGUGCGCUGAAGAGCGGAUCACUUUUAUGACGACGAACUAUGUGGAGAGGCUGGAUCCAGCGUUGAUUCGGCCUGGAAGGGUGGAUAGGAAACAGUACUUUGGAAAUGCCACCGAGGGAAUGUUGAGAAAGAUGUUCACUCGCUUCUAUCGCGAACCAUCAGACUCGAAUCUUGCCGAGCAAUUCGUGCAACGUGUCUCCGAACACAAAACCGAGCUCUCACCGGCGACGAUUCAGGGACACUUUUUGAUGCACAAACAGGAUCCACGUGGCGCACUGGACAACAUAAAGAACAUGUUCAAAUCUAUAUAG